GUAGAUAAAAGCGGUGGUUAGCUCACUUGCAUAUUCAGUUGAGUUUAGAACUCCGUAGUGACAUCAUUUUUAAAAAAAAAAAGAAAAGGAGGUGACCCUGAGCUUACAGAGAAAUAAAUUGUGUUUAUAGAGAGAACGACAUCAGGAUUUGAACUCGAGCCUUCCGAAUACCGCGGCUAUAAACUUAAUAAUCAGAUGUUGCUGCAUAAUUAAGAAAAGGUCACCCUAAUGUUUAAGCACAUUUAUAAGAGGCGAUAAUUUUAAAUGCAGCUUUCCAGUUGCUUCGAUUUCUCAUUGCAAUAUCCCGUAUAAUGUCAAAUUCAUAUAAAAGAUCUAUAAAUUUAUGUUGUGAAAUUAGUUCUGGUCGCAACUUAAAAGUAAACAAAUAAGGAAGUUUGACGUAUCAGAAUUAUUAAUAUUCAAAAAAAAACAUGGGGAUUAUUUUCAUAAAGUAUUUUCUUUUUGGAAUUGUGCUGGUUAUUGAUCAACGCCACAUUGUGAAGGGAUAUCCUAAAUCCAACUUGGAUACAGCACAAGCCAGCGCUGAGGCGCAAUCAAUUGGUGAUGGUGCAAGCACAGUAGCUGUCGCUUCAGCUGAUGUAGAUUUGGAUCUUAAAGCCUCUGAAACUCUCGGUUUCGGUUACUACCCCAGUUUUUAUGGUGGUGGUAGCCUUCACGAUGUGGGUUACGGCGGUUAUGGUUAUGGCAGCCGUUGGGGCUACGGCGGUUACCAUGGUUAUGGCGGAUAUGGAGGAUACGGCGCUUAUGGUAAUGGUUACUAUCGUCGACCCAUCUAUCCAGUUUGGGGUUAAAAAAUUAAGAUGCAUUAUUUAAGUGAAUUUCCGUUCUGAAUUUGUACCUACCAUUUUAUAUAAAAUAAAAAUAAAUGUCUUCUAUUAUAAAAUGUC